AUGGCGUGCAAGCUCGGCGUCGCUAUCUACGUGGUCCUCCAGCUCAUCGCGUUCGUCGCUGUGAUGGUCGGUACGGGGGUCGACAUGUUUUACAACAAGCCGGAGCACAGCUCUGGCGCCAGGGUAUGCAUAACCCUAUGGGGUGCAAAGACUGAUUGUCGAAAGCCCAAAAUAACCAACCCCUCGAGCGUUCGGUGGGCGCUCUGCCCUAUCCGCCUCAACAACUUCCGGCUUUGCCAGGUGUUCGCUAUCAUCUCCAUCCUCGUGUACGGCGCGGCGUUCCUCUUCGGCUUCCUUUUGCUGUACUGCUGCUCUGGCUUCCGCUGGCUCUGCCUGGCGCUGAACAUCGUGGGCGCUGCCACCGCUUGCGUUGUCUGGGCGGUCAUGGUGGUCACCUACAGACUCCCAGAACCAAAGUGCCUCGAGCUGAGUGAUGGCUACAAUUUCGGCGUCGGUUUCAGUCUCUUCGUGUUUGCCUGGAUCCUCGAUAUCGUCGACAUCAUCUUCCUGAUGCUCCCGUGGCAAAUCGAGGAGUUCGUUGAGGGUGAGGAACCGAGUGAGAAGGAGGAGGAGGAGCAGAGUGAAAACUCGAAGGAAUACAUAGAGCAAGAAUAG